AUGUCUUCUGUCCUCCUGUUAUGGGUCCUGCUGUCAGUGAUUUGUCAGGCUGAUUCAGUACCAGAGAAGCCAAAGAGGUCUGCACUAAACCAGCUGACCCGCACGCUGCUGCGCAGAUACGACUGUGGGGUCCGGCCCGUCCUCAAUUGGACCAGUCCUACUGUCGUCUACAUCGACAUCAUCCUCCAGUCUGUGCUGGACGUGGAUGGACAGACUCAGAAAGUGACCACAAGUAUUUGGUAUCGGCAAAUAUGGAAGGAUGAGUUUCUUGUGUGGGAUCCAGAGGAAUUUGAUGGAAUCACAGAAAUAUCGCUGUCCUCUGACGCCAUCUGGGUGCCUGAUGUCAUCAUCAGUGAAUUCGUGGAUGAGGGCAAGUCCCCUGUCAUCCCAUAUGUAUAUGUCAACUCCUCUGGGAUAGUGAAGAAUUACAAACCCAUCCAGGUGGUCUCAGCCUGCGACUUGGAGAUUUAUGCCUUUCCCUUUGACAAGCAGAACUGCACUCUGACCUUUCGCAGCUGGCUCCACUCGGUGAAUGAGGUGGACCUGGCUCUGUGGAGGAGCGCUGAGGUUAUUGCCAAUGACACCAGAGAGUUCAUGAAUGAUGGUGAAUGGGAGCUGCUUUCCAUUCCCUCUCAUUACUGGAAGAUGAAUUUGGCUGACAGGGACUACGCCCACAUUCAGUUUAACCUACUGAUCCGUCGGCGCCCCCUGCUGUACGUGGUGAGUGUACUCAUCCCCAGCAUCUUUCUCAUGGUGGUGGAUGUCACCAGCUUCUACCUUCCACCAAACAGCGGUACUCGCAUCACCUUCAAAACCAACAUUCUGCUGGGCUACACAGUGUUCAGGGUUAAUAUGAUGGAUGAGAUCCCUGCUACAGCCAUCAAAACUCCUCUGAUUGGUGUCUUCUUUGCUGUUUGUAUGGCGCUGCUGGUGAUCAGUCUGGCCAAGUCCAUUUUUGUAGUGAAGCUUCUGCAUCACAAUGAGAAAGAGGUUAAGGAGAUGUCGAUCUCUGCCUGCUUACUGGACAAGUACGGUUCAACCACGCAGACCUUCAGCGAAAGUCUGUUCACCUCCGUCAGGACCCUGGACGACUUGGAUCAAUCAGGAGGUUAUGAGUUUGAUCUGUCCCCUGAGGCAGACCUGCUUUCUCUGACAGAAGCCCAGGAUGGCACCCCACAGCUGGAGAAAGUCCUGCAGGAGGUGGUCUCCCUCAAACUCUAUCUGCAGGAGGAGGAGAAUGAGGGCACAGCUCAGGCAGACUGGCUGGCGCUCUGUUACAAAGUCGACAAGUUCCUCUUCCGCAUUUAUCUGCUCAUUCUGCUGAUUUACUCCAGUACUCUCCUGUUUCUGUGGAGCAGCUGGAGCUCAGGGUGA